AUGGACUUUGAUUCAAAUUCAUCUAAUUCAUCAAGUUUAGGAGUUUUUGAAUAUAUGGUGAACGAUUAUGUUGAGUGGAAUGAAUCAAUUACUCAGCGACGUAAAGAAGAUGAAUUGAUUGAGGAAGCAACCAAUUCCGCUGUUGUCCCUCUUGUGACCUCAUCUUUUCAAGUCCCAUCCACUCAUGCUGUGAAGAAAAAAAGAUUUCGCAUGCGUAAACAUGUUUUCCAGCGCAUUGUUACAAAAUUAAGUGAAAGAGAUGUAUACUUUCAACAAAGGCCUGACGCUACCGGAAGACUCGGUGCAUCUGCAUUACAAAAAUGCACUGCAGCUAUUAGGAUGUUGGCUUAUGGUUCAGCAGCUGAUGCAGUUGACAAAUACCUCAAAAUUGCAGCAAGUACAGCUAGAGAAUGUCUUGGACACUUUUUCGAAGGGGUUAUCUCAAAUUUUGGACAAGAAUAUUUGAGGAGGGUGACACCCACAGAUGUAAAACGACUUCUUCGUGAAAGUAAUGUUCGUGGAUUUUCUGAUAUGUUGGGGAGCAUUGAUUGUAUGCAUUGGGAGUGGAAAAAUUAUCCACGUGCUUGGAAUGGAAUGUAUCAAGGAAGAAGUAAAACAACAACCAUCAUUUUAGAAGCAGUUGCGUCGCAACACUUGUGGAUAUGGCAUGCUUUUUUUGGCACACCAGGUUCCCUCAAUGAUAUAAAUGUCCUUUAA